AUGGCAAAGGGAGCUAGGAAUGUGGGGAGACCUAAGGCAAAGGGCAAAGCUAAAAAAUCUAGUCCGUCUUCUUCUGAUAAGAUUAUAAAAACUCGGUUGAUGGACGCGAUCUUGGGCGUGCUAGAGUUGGAAGUUACUGAGGACAUGGAAAUGGGUACUGAUCAGUUGGGUAGGGCUUUGGAGUCAGGUGAGAGAUAUUCUUCUCUGAUUCUACGCCCUCUAUGUUUUGAUAUGUCGACAGGUGAUUCAACAGUUAGAUUGGAGAACCCUCUGACUAAGGAAAAGAAAUUUGGAAUUAAGAUUGAAUUCGAAGACAUAACUGAGGAGAUCAACUACUGGCAACCUUCAAUUGUGUGCUAUGUACUUGGAUCGAAGCCACCAAUGAGUGUUAUGGAUGGCUUUGUGAGGCGUCUAUGGAAAGAGAAUGUGGAUAAGGUAGGAGUUCUUUCUCAUGGAAUAUUCAUUAUCAGGUUUCACACUCUAGAAUUUCGUGAUAGGAUUCUUGAUGGAGGUUAUCUAUUUUUUGGGAAAAAGUCGAUGGUUAUGAAGCCAUGGAACUCUGUUGAUGAUUUUUAUAAAGAGGCUAUUACAUUAGUACCUACUUGGAUUCAAUUGGGAGGUUUGGAUAUCAAAUAUUGGGGUGAACGCUCUCUUUUUAAGAUAGUAGGGCAGAUAGGAAGGCCACUUCAAGUUGAUAAUAUCACCAAAUGGAGGGAUAUGUUAAGCUAUCCUAGAAUUCUCAUUGAGGUUAGUUUGGAUCAGGAGUUUCCAACUAGCAUUGGGUUCUUGAAUGAAUUUGAUCAAGAGAUUGGGCUCCAAGUUGAGUAUGAAUGGCUUCCGAUUGUUUGUCACCACUGUUCUGGUUUUGAUCAUGAAACUCAACUAUGUAGGAAGAAACAACCAGUAAAACAAGAAUGGGUGCCAAAGCAGACUAGGAAAGAGGUUUCGGUGCAGAAUAAUGUUGAUGAAGAUGGUUUUCAGGAAGUGAGUAAGGGUGCUAAAAGGCAGGAGCAUAAGUCAAGUCCUAUUCUAGUGACAAAUCAGUACCGUACAUUGGCUGAGGAAAUUGUAAUAAAGGAGGUACAGAGGCCAAAUACUGGAGGGGGGGAGAUCCCUCUAUUUGUAAUGGAUAAAAUACUAUGUUGGAAUGUUCGAGGGAUUAUCAGUCAGCACAAGCAUUACGAAAUCAAGCAAUUGAUCAGCUCAAAGCGAAUGGGGCUGGUUAGUCUUCUUGAAACAAAAGUAAAGAAUAAAAGCAUGGGGGUAUUGUAUUCGAGUUUAUUUUCUGGUUGGUGUUUUACCAAUAACAAUCCUUGGGUAGAUAAAGGAAGAAUAAUUGUUGCUUGGAAUCCAAACAUGUACUCUAUUGAUAUUAGAGAAUGUACAAAUCAGUUAAUACAUUGUUUGGAUCAAAACCCAAAUAGGGAAGGUCGAUUUUUCAUCACCUUUGUCUAUGGCUUUAAUGAUGAAAGAGCAAGGGGAAGGCUGUGGCAAGAUAUUCAAAGGUUGGAUUUGCAAAUUGAUGAUCCAUGGAUGGUGGUAGGAGAUUAUAAUGAGAUUCUAUAUAAACACGAGAGAAUAGGCAAAAAAGUCAGGAAAAUGGCAGACACAGCAUGCCGAGAUUGUAUGAUUUCUUGUCAGCAGGAGGAUCUAAAAUUUUUAGGAUGUUAUUUUACUUGGAAUAACAAGCAGCAGAAUGAUGAACGAGUUUAUUCAAAGAUUGAUCGUGCAAUGGUUAACUCGAAGUGGACUGAUGUAUUUCAAGAGUCUGAAGCAAAUUUCCUUCCUGAAGAUUUGGGGAAGAAACCAUUUCGUUAUUUUCGUAUGUGGAAGGAGGCUACUUCAUAUAAGGACCGAGUUAGUACUUCUUGGAGGGUUCCUGUUUAUGGAACUGUUAUGUUUAAGGUGGUUACAAAAUUGAAGAGGUUAAAACAGUUAGAUAGUGAACGUUUUUCUCAUCUUCAUAAAGCAUACAUCUCUUUUUUGGCUCAAAAAGCUAAAUCAACAUGGGUACUUAAUGGGGAUGAAAACACUCAAGUUUUCCAUGCCUCCUUGAAAGCGAGAAGAAUACAGAAUAGAAUUUUGUCCAUCAAAACUGAAACUGGUAGUUGGGUAGAUACUCCAGAGGGUGUAAGGGAUGCUUUUCUUGGCUUUUAUCAAAGGAAGUUAAGGCAGCCAUCCAUUCCAGGGAUGAAAGCUCCUGGUCCAGAUGGAUUCAAUAGUUCUUUCUAUCAGGAUAAUUUGCAAUUAGUUGGCUCGGAGGUCAGUGCUGCAGUUUUAUCUUUUCUCUCUUCGGGUAAACUUCUUAAGGAGAUCAAUGCUACCUUUAUCACUCUUAUCCCUAAAUCUGUAUGUCCUGAUACUGUAAGCGAUUUUAGACCCAUUGCUUGUUGUAAUGUACUAUAUAAAGUAGCCUCCAAGAUGAUUUGCUCACGGCUUAGAGAGGUACUACCUGAUUUGAUUGCGGAAAAUCAAGGGGGAUUUGUUCAUGGGAGAUAUAUAGCACAUAAUAUUAUGAUAUGCCAAGAUUUAGUGAGACAUUACGGUAGGAAAAACUGCAAGCCGAGUUGUAUGAUAAAGUUGGAUUUAAGGAAAGCUUAUGAUACCAUUGAGUGGGACUUUAUUGAAGAGAUGCUAAAUGCCUUCAACUUUCGUCAGAAGUUUAUCAAUAUCAUUAUGUGA